AUGGCAAGACUAAUGGAUAUAAUCUCAACCAUAUUGGUUUUGAUUACUGCAUGUGGAUCUCUAGAGAUUGCGUUCGGACAACAAUCAAAAUAUGACAUUGUUAUUGCGAAUUGCGAAAGGAGGAUUCCGAUAGAGCCUGCGCAAGAUUUAUAUGAUUACAUAUUCAAGAACAAAGAGUCUGUAAGCGAUGAAGUCUGUCAAGUUCUUGUGAAGGCUGGACAACCUUGUCAUGAUGUUCUCAUAAACGAAACUCUCAAAAGACCAGAGUUUAAAGGACUAGAAAUUGGAAUUCUGAAAAGGAGUGAUGAGAUUUGGAAGAAAUGCCUUUCUGUUGCUACAUGUGUGCCACAGAAUUAA